UGUGCUGUUUCCCUCGGACACAGCGGAUCACCGUUAACGGAAAGAGCUGAAGAUGUCGGUUCGGUCAUGUGAUCAGCUGUGUCCAAUCACAGCUGAUCACAUGGGACAUGUGCACUGAUCAUCAGCGCACUGAUGAUCAGUGUGCCCUGAUGAUCAGUGUAGCCCCAGCAGCGCCACCCUGUCAGUGCUCAUCAGUGCCUCGUGCCAGUGCCACAUCAAUGCCACAUAUCAGUGCCUACCAGUGCACAUCAAUGCCACAUAUCAGUGCCCAUCUGAGCUGCCUUUCAGUGUCACCGAUCAGUGCCACCUAUCAAUGCCAAUCAGUGCCAGUCAGUGCCGCCCUACAGCGCCAGUCAGUGUCGCCUAUCAGUGCCAGUCAG